GUCCGUGUUGUCACCGCGGAGCCGCAUGUGUUAAAUCUCCUGCUUGUGAGAUAUUCAGAGGCAAAAGCUGCGUUUGUUCAGAAACCAGACUGUUGGAAAGAUGACAGCGCAGGAGAUCCGUCUGUGCGGUCUCCUGCUACGGGAGCAUUUUGGAGACGUGGUGGAGAAGGUGGGAAAGCAGCUGCUCCGGGGUGGAGCACAGAACCUACGCAGCGUUGUUCAUGAAACUGGCCUGUCGUUGGACCUGGUAAAGAAGACGUUGUGCGUGCUCGUGCAGCACGGCGCUUGUUCCUUCGCCUCUGGUCGUAAAGGACCCGGCAGCCCCACAGAGUACUGGGCCCACUGUGAUCGGAUUCUGAGAAUCCUGCGCUACCCGCGUUACAUAUACACCGCCAAAACCCUGUACGGUGACACCGGAGAGCUUCUCAUCGAGGAGCUACUGCAGAGGGGCCACAUGAUGAUGAGUGGCACGGUGAAGACCGUGGCAGACCGUCUCACGCAGAACAUGGAAGAGGGCCACAGUGUGGAAUACAGCGAGGUGUCCUCCACGUUUUCCAAACUGGUGGAGACGCAUUUUCUUCAGCGCUGCCCUCCGCCGGCGAGAGCCGCAGCGACAGACAGCAGCUCACAAGCUGCGACUCAUGGCUCUCCUGCACCACCCUCCAGCACCACCGUGCCGACCCCCGAGAGCUUCCCCGACUGCUAUAGGGUGCCUCAGGUGACGCUCAUCGGACGAGGCAAACGGCAGCUCGCCCCCGAGGACGGAGAGGAGCAAAGCAGCGCGAAAAGAGCCAGGAUGGAUCCAGAGACGUUUGGUGACGAGGGGAUUUACUGGCAAGUAAAUUUUGAGCGGUUCCAUCAGCACUUCAGAGACCAGGCGAUCAUCAGUGCUGUGGCCAACAAACUGGAUCAGACGAGCAGUGAGAUCGUGAGGACCAUCCUGAGGAUGAGCGAGGUGACAACUUCCUCCUCAGCCACCUGCACAAAGCCGCUCUCAGCCAAUGAGAUCUUCAGGUCCCUUCCUGCCGGCUACAACAUCUCCAGACCGAUCUUGGACCAGUACCUGACUCUGCUUGUGGACGACCCGAUGGAGUUUGUGGGGAAGGCUGGUGAAAGCGGAGGUGGGAUGUACGUCGUCAAUCUUCACAGAGCGCUGGCCAACCUGGCACGAGCCACGCUCGAGUCCAUCGUUCAGGAGAGGUUCGGCUCGCGAUCGGCUCGGAUCUUCCGCCUGUUGCUGCGGAAACGACACCUGGAGCAGAAGCAAGUGGAGGAUUUCGCCAUGAUUCCAGCCAAGGAAGCUAAAGACAUGCUGUACACGCUGCUCUCACAGAACCUGGUCCAGCUGCAGGAAAUCCCCAAAACCCCAGACUUUGCUCCGUCCCGCACCUUUUACCUUUACACCGUCAACCAGCUCCCAACAGCCCGGAUGCUGCUGCAGAACUGUUACAAGACGGUGGCCAACCUCAUCGAGCGACGCCUGUUUGAGUCCAAAGAAAGCAAGCGCCUUCUUGAAAAGUCCCAGCGAAUCGAAGCCAUCCUGGCGUCUCUGCAGGCGAGCGGGGCAGAACCCGAACAGCUGACCGAGGUGGAGGAGAUGAUCACGGCCGCUGAGAAGCAACAGCUGGAAGUCUUGAGGCUUCAUGUGAACAAGUUGGAUUCAGCAGAGAACCAAGUAGAUGAAACCAUCUUUCGUCUGGAGUCCUACAUCAGCUCCACUGCAGCUCCGAGCUGAGUCAGACUUUGGAGCAUUUCAAGUCGCUCAAAACUUUCUUCCAAAUAAAGUUUAUUUUAUUUUACUUUGAGCGUGAUUUCGGACUAUUUCAGACUUCAGAGCAGGAGCGGACUCCGAUCUGAAUAGGUAGGUUUGGACAUUGAAUAAACGGAGUGAAAACGUUUAUUUUCAACUGUUUUAAUUCAGUUUAAAGAACAAAAACUCUGGCGAGACCGUCUAAAAUAUAAAACCAUGGAAAAAGUCUGCAAG